AUGACGGCCCCCCGCUCCACGUCCCUCCGUGCUCUCCGUCAGAUUGCCCAGCACCCCCGGGCAAUCCCAGUCACUCGCCGUAGCCUUCACAUGACCGGUGUGCAAUCUGCGCAGCCUGCCAAUCCGGCCGACAAGGCCUCUCUGUACGCUGCUCGUACCCUGCCCGAUUUGAAGCAGGAGUGCCAGCGUCGCUCGCUUCGUGCUGCUGGCAGCAAGUCCGAGCUGAUUGAGCGUCUUUCCAACCACGAUGUCCUUCAGAGCCGUGCAUUCAGCAUCGCCAUGCGCAGAAUCAACAGUAAUGCUUUUGCUGAACGUCUUGUCAUCACCGAAACUAACGAUUUGUCUCGAAAUCUCAGUCCCGCCGUUCGCACCUUCAAUACCUCUCGCUCCCACAAGGCUGUGGGCGAUACUUCCACGGUCGACUUUAUUCACUUGCCCAACAUGUCCACUCUGGAUGCUCCGUCCUCUCGUCCCGCCGGUCCUCGCGUUCCGGUCCUCCCCGAUUUAUAUUCGCACCAUGACAGCCCCUCCGUCCCCGGUGCCCCACCCAUGAAGCCCCAGAUCUACAGUGUUUCUGGCGGUGACAUCAGUGCCCCCUCUCCCAUGAGCGAGGUGGUCGAUAACCACGCCGUGGAUAUUGACCCCUUCUCCUUGACCGAGGCUGUAGGCCGCAGUCGGAUCGGAGAGGAGAUGGCUCGCUCCAAUGGGUCAAGGAAAGAGCCUAGUCUGGUGAAGGAACUCUGGUCGGGGUUCCUGGACGAUGUGCUCGGUCCGAAGCAGACCGCGGCUCGGAAUUAA